AUACACAUCACAACAACAACAGUUAUACACAUCACAACAACAACAGUUAUACACAUCACAUCACAACAACAACAGUUAUACACAUCACAACAACAACAGUUAUACACAUCACAACAACAAAGAAUACAACCAUAGUGGAAUACCCAAGACUUAAGUCCAUUAAUCAUUAGAUCUUCUGUCUCUGAAGAAAGGCUUUGCCGUCUCAGUAGUGACAGCUGUCUGUCACAAGCUACGUUAUUAAGGACAGGAAUGGGAGCUCCACUAACUAGCUAUCCCGAACUCCAGAAAAUCUUACCUAGUGCAUACAAAUAUAAUAUCAAUGGGUUUGCUGACCUGAAUGAGACUGGACAAAAUUAUUUAAACAAAUGUAAUUUUAGGACAAGUUUUCAGCUGAACCUUAAAAAUAAAUUAGAAGUUAAAUUGUGGAUAAAAGACUUUGAGAAGACAUGUGGCAUGAAGUGGCAAGUUAGCAAGACUUAUCUUGGUUGGGGAAGCAGAGGAAAUGUUAAUGUUUAUCAGGUUGAUUUGAAAUGUCAUCAUACAGCUUCUGUAAGCAGCACAGCUGUAAAGGAGGAUGCAUUAAAUAGUACUUGCUGCCCUGCAAAUAUGUCUGUCAUGGUAAAGGAAGGAACACAAGUAGUGCCCGAUGGAUUAUGUCACCUCUGCACUGAUGAACUUGUCUCGUCUAACCCAUGGAAACGGAAUCAUACUGAGUUUUCGCCCUUACUUGGAGGAGUGCAUAAUACUCUUGAUGGUGAAGCAUCUCGGAAAGGAAAAACACAGAUAGCAUAUAGUCAAGCGUCACAAUGUGAAGAUCUCUGCUCAAGAGAGUUCCCAACGUACGUUUAUCUCAGUUUUCAGCACAAUCACCAAGUUUCUUUGCCAGAACAUUGUGAAAAAGAAUCUGUAUCGAAGAUAAAACAAAAACUGAUAGCGCUCUAUAGAACAGGAUACACUCCAUUAACGGCCCUCGAGGCUCUCAAGCAUGACCUGCAAAAAGACUACUACUUUAUGGCGGGUGACAGAGCCCAGGUUCCUGAUAAACAGUUCUGUUAUCGGGUGUAUUAUAGUAUGUUCUCUCGAAGUUCACUUCCACGCCAACCAUCAAGCAAUGAGACAUCAGUCGAUCUUCACCAUCAACAAUGUGAUGAAAUUAAUAAAAGGCUACACGUAAAUCAUAAUACAAAAUUUACCAGCCCGCUAGAUACAAAACUGCACAUAAACCAAAAUAAGCAUCUAUUAGAAAGACAAUUGCAUGGCCACUCAAAGACAUUUUUUAAUAAAAGUGACAUGGGUCAUUGUAAACUGUUAAACAAACCAGUAAGUAGUACGAAGUUAGAUAAGAAUUGUAUGCAGUUUGGUGAAGAAAUUGAGAGUAGCUAUAAUAUGACUUCAAAUAAUGACAUAUUAGUUGACAUUCAUAAUAAGCUAUCAAGUGACCAUGAUGAAAGAUUAAAACCUUAUUGCAAAACCUAUCAAUUUCAGUGUGCAGAUGCUGAAAGAUCAGAUGAAGAAAUGUUGAGUGACCUUCAGGAUAACUUGAAAAGAAUUUGUGGGAUGUAUAAUUUGAAGUGUGCAAAUAUUGAAAAAUGUGAUGACCAAGUUAUUGUUGCAGUCUGUUCUCCUUUGACAAAAAUGGUGUCAAAUGAAAUUAGUGACAAUGAAGAAUGUGAGUAUAAUUCUUCUGAACCCGAGGACAUGACAUAUUUGGAAUGUGAAAGUGUGCCAGUUCAUUUUCAUUCUGAAACAUAUGCAAAUGAAUCAACCAUAGAACAUUGCAUUGAGGAUAUGAGGACAGUCUUUGAUGAUUUGUUAACAAAAGUAGAAUAUAAUCCUGAAGUUUUUGUGAAACCAAUGGCAGUAUUUUUUAAAAAUUACCACCGAAUAAAAAAAGAUAAUGAUUUGAAAUCGGCUUUGCAUACAUUUGGUAAAUACACAAAUUUAACAAUGCCCAUAAUAAAAUCCUUAAAGGGUUUGCAUGUAGGUGACUCUGUUGAAGGUGAGCAAAAUUCCACAGUAUACGCAAGAAAGAGGAAAAGUUCAUAUGAAAAUUGUCAGCAAAAAUGUCUUAAGAUUGAAGAAGCUAUUUAAACAUUUUCUGUGGCAUUAUGUAAUGACUUGUCUGUUCUUAUUAGUUUUAUAUAAAUGGUGUAAAACACUCUCAAGAUCAAGUUAACACCACUAGGCUUUGGUGUCAGGGACUCUAGUGUUCUUUUCUAAUGAUUGCAGAAACUAAUUCUAACAGACAAGUAUCUCGUCUAGAGACCAGAGAGUCCAAAGGAUGUGAUUUACGAGUACAGGUGCACAAGAAGAAUGACUACUCGGCAAUCUGUCUGGAUGUGUCAGCUUGAACUCUGUACCCUAGAUAGGACAUCAUCUCCCAUGAUAACUGGGGCAUGUCCCUGGUGUAUAGUAAUAACUUAUUCCUAUGUGUAUGGAGAUGUCUUCUCCCCAAUUGCUAUGCUCGAUUUUAUUUUCGUGGCUACCGAUAUGGAAUGUUGUUAAUAUAUCUAUGGUUUGUCAUGAGCCCAGAGCAGUUUUAGGCGGGCUCAGACUCCCAUCCACUUGGGCUGGAUGGUCUCACUUCAUGCAGAUCGGCGUUCAAUCCACGACCUUCCAAGUGGUUGGGCACCAUUCCUUCCCCUCCCUGUCCCAUCCCAAAUCCUUAUCCUUUCCCAGUGCUAUAUAGUCAUAAUGACUUGGCACUUCUCCUGAUAAUUCCUUUCCUUCCUUUAGGUGGGCUCAACUGAUGACUCCAUGUCAAAUUUAUAACAAGUGUAGUUCAUCCUGAAAGUACUGUACUGCAAUUUUUUUCUUAUACAGUAUACAUAUUGGUUCAGGUUAAUGAUGCAGUGUAGGAAUAGUACCUGUACAUUAUUCCCUGAAACAUAAAAGAAUGACAUGCACAUUAUAGUACUGUAUUAGUGAUCAUAUUCAUUUUGGGUCCUUUGUUCACAUUACAUUUUCCCAGUCCAUAGAAACUUGAGUGUAUAUUGUAGAAAGGUGUAAUUUCUUAUUGAGCAAUAAUGGGUUUGUGUUAAAUAAAAUUAAAAAAUUAUCAUACUGCACAGUAUUGUAUGUCAUAAGUUAUUGUAUUUAUGCAAGAUAAAUAAAGUAUCUAUCUUUU